AAGUUUACCAACUUUUCAGAGGCCCUUGCUGUCUCAUGAGAAUCUCAAUUCCUACUCCGAGAGAUGUUUGUUCACUCAGCAUACAGACGGACAGACGAACAAACAAAAGGACUGGUCGAUUGUAUAUUAUAUGUUAUGUAAAUACAUCUUUUCGGCUGCAAAGGAGAUUUGGCGUAUAAUGAGAUGGGAAAAUGACGAAUGGUGAAGCGCCCAUGACAACCGAUAUCCGGGCCGAGAUUAGAACCGGAUAUUUUCUGAAUACAAUUCGGAAGCGUUGUCGCUACGUUAACCUGUUAAAAAUUGGAAGAACUGACGUACGUGUAGAACGGAUACAGGAUCAUUACUUUGGACAACGUGUUGCAAUCAAGGCUACUGAAGACGCUUCCGUGAUGUUUUAUCAACGAUGUUGAUGCGCCACUGUUAUUCUUGUGAUAUUUUCCAUUCCCUGGAGUCACCAGCGGUUUAUGCAGUGUUAUUAAACGUACGUUUACGUGACGUCACGAAGAAGGAGGGAUGGUGUAUCUGCUCCAGUCUAGAUCGUCACUUCAGUUCGUCUUCUUACCUGAUUCAGUUCUGGAGUUGCGAUUGGCUGCAAAUACAGGAGCAUCAGUUGGUAUGGGCGCGGCAGGGAAGCUGCUUGUUGUGACCCUGGUCGUAAUGUCCAGCACUGCUGCAGAAGAGUCCCAAGACCAUUCUUCUCACAAGAGACAUGCUGUGAAUUCUCUGAACAAGCUACUGGACUACAUGCUCCAGCCUCGUAGUGUGGUCGGGGACAUGAUAUUCGGAGUCGUUAUGGCUAGAGGUCAGCUUGCAGUUUUGAGAAGACAUAUGAUUCAGAGUCGUGGAGGCAAGACGAGGUUACAAGAUUUAUCCACAGUGUCGCUCCUGGAGCAGAAGUGUGAGCGAGUGUACAAGGAGUACGUGCCCAUUAGAGUGCGGUCUGAGACUGAUCAUUAUGACAGAAUCAUGGAUAACAUCGUUAGAGAAGAGCUGUGGGAAGUGGACUAUCCGUUAACGUUGGGGAAAUUGCGGAAGGUUCCUGAACGUAGCUUCGACAAGAGGGUACCUCAUGAAAAACCAUACAAUUUCACCAUCGGACAAAGACUGGCAAUGUUAUUAAGUGGUCGGCCAAACGAAAUGCAGUCUGACCACUGCAUAAGUCUACUGGUGUCCCCAAAGCUGUGUGGGACCAGCCCCACAUGCUGGGACAUCAUGACGAGCAAAGACGAGGAAACUCAUGGUUAUUCCCUUACACACAGAUUGCUGUACUUACAGAUCGCUAGACAGUUGGGUUGUGGCAACCGAGCUGAAUUUGCUGACACAGACGCAUCAAUAAGGAAUCUGUGUUCUGACAUUUUAGUGGAGUUGUACCGUAUUAUCGAGUUGAAAGUACCCGUGGGAUUCAGGGACCUGUUCCUUGAACAGAUCGGUUUGUGCGGAAUGGAAGGGUUCGCGGAGUUCCUGAACCCCGUCUACAUGAACUGGAUAUUGCCGCUGCAGACCCCAUCGGGCUGCUUUGCCGACAAAAUUAGACACGGAUGGCUGGAUGCGUUGACCAAGUCUCCUUCCUCUUUCCGGCUAAAGCGAGAAGAUGGUCUUCUACAAGAAGAUGGUUGCACAAUGCAUAUCACUGGAUUGGCCACCUUUUUCCUAGCUCUCAACAUCAGAGCAGCCACAGAGAUUUGGAAUACUAGCGUUCCUAUCUCGCCUGUCUAUAGAAAGUGAAAUUAUACACACAUUUCCAGUCUAUGUAUUGCACUGUUCUCUAAAACAUUUGAAAAUUUUAGAAACGACGGAAUUUUAUCUAAAGAUUAUCAGGCAUCAGAAAACAAAGCGCAGAGUAUUAACUACAUUGACUCAAAAAUGGAAAUCAGACAAAGCAUGAAUACCAUUGCUGAUAAUACGUUUAAUCCACUGUGGCCGUCAAUGUUUAUCCCUAAGAGGUCACAGACAUAGUUGACCUCUGAAUAAUCCGAAAUAACCGUAAGCUAAUGAAGGCAAUGUUCAUCCUUUACUACGUUUUCGUAUUAGAGUUUUCACAGAGGCACAGAAUGAACUCAAAAGUGCUAAAUAAAAAUAUAACAGGCUAUGUCGCAAUAUUUUGAAAUGAAUUUUUGGAUUCGUAGUGAAAUUAUGUUUCCCAGUAGCCAUAUUAGCCAUGAAAUAACGGAUAUAUUUUCAGUGGAACAAUUUAGUUUGGGCGUUAGAUGUAUUUACAAUGUUAAAAUUGUGAUUAGGGAGAACUUUCUGCAAUUUGAGUGAUUUAGCGGAAGCUCUAUAAGACUGCCUUGAGAGGUGUGGCAUAAAAAUGAAAUAUCUGCAAGGACAUAACUACGCUUCUGCUACGAAUGGAAAGUUUAACGGCAGGCCGAUACAAAAUACGUCAUAAUGAAAGCACCCACAUGCAAGUCACGUCCUCUGUCUUCCCUGUGGUCUAAAGUGGCAGUAAAAUUUUGUGCUAUACCGGAACGCGGGCAUAUAUUUAGGUAUUCUUCCUUUGUGUCACUGAAUUCGAAAUCGUUGUGGCUAAAGUGGCCAUUUUGGUUCGUUUAUCUAAAUUGAAAAUAAUCGAGAUAUAUAGAGAUAUUUUCCUCGAUCUAGAAUUUUCUAAACGCGCUUAUUUUCAGUGUGAAGUAGUGUACGUUGAUUGUUGAUACUGUUGUGUUGUCAGGUGUUUAAAAGGAAGACAAUGACAUUAGCAAGAUAUCAAUACGAAAAGGUAAGGUUUCUACAGUCUUAGUAUAAAAGCAUCCUGCUGUGUGCUUUAUUAAAAUACGUUUUACAUUUUACUUAUUUAUAGGUUAAUGUAGGAAAUUACAUGGAUGAAAACCAGUUCUACAUGAACCAGUUAUUGAAAGUGGCAGCCAGUUUGUCAAAU